AUGCCUUUGCGCUCUGCAGCAGCUUUCGUAUCAGGAGACGUUCGACUUGUCAAUGGGCAUAGUCCAUAUGUUGGCAGAGUGGAAAUCUAUCACAAUUUUCAGUGGGGAACAGUGUGCGAUAACGGUUGGGAUUUGACCGAUGCGAAUGUGGUGUGUAAGCAACUGGGUUACACUGGCGCUCGUCAUUACACUUCUGAUGCAUUUUACGGACAAGGUAGCGGGAAAAUAUGGAUGGACAGAGUUCAGUGCAGAUCGUGGAAUUCACGUCUGGAAUUCUGCAGUUUCUCAGGUUGGGCCAAUCACAACUGCGACCACUCGAAAGAUGCGGGUGUGAUCUGCGCGUCCAAUAUUGUCGACGGAAGUGUGAGACUUGCUAACGGGGACACUCCAAAUGAAGGUCGAGUGGAAAUAUAUCACAGUGGUGAAUGGGGAACAGUGUGCGAUGACUCUUGGACUUCAACUAACGGACGGGUGGUUUGUAAGCAACUGGGAUACAAAUACUACGUUAGUGAAUCUAGGCAAUCUAGCGGUACCACUAAACCAGGUAGUGGGAGAGUAUGGAUGGACAAUGUGGCAUGCAGUCGAAGCGAUUUAAGAUUGCAGGAUUGCUCAUUUGAUGGUUGGGGAAAUCACAAUUGUGAUCAUAGCGAAGAUGUAGGCAUAAUCUGUGGAGGUGCAUUUGAAGGUGACAUUCGACUUGUUAACGGACAUACUGCCAAAGACGGAAGGGUUGAAAUUUAUCACAAUGGGGAGUGGGGAGGCGUGUGCAGAGAAGGUUGGCAUAAUGCUGAUGCGAAAGUGGUGUGUAAGCAAUUGGGUUACACUGGCGGUCAUAGUGUCGCUACUGCCUCGUUACUCGGAGCAGGCUGCGGAAGAAUAUGGCUAAACAAUGUGGCGUGCAAUCUGUAUGAUUUACGUUUAGAGCGCUGCUCUAGACCCUUUCCAAGAUGGGGCGUUUCCAACUGCGAUCGUUCUGGAUAUGCGGGUGUGAUCUGCGAAGCAUCCAACCCUGACAGCUGGUGGCGGCAUACGCCUGCUUACCCAACACAUCAUACUACUGGCUGGUGGUGGUGGACAACAUCUGCGCCGCCUAGUAAAGAUGACAAAUCAGUAUCAACUUCAACAGUUUUUGUUGCUACAGUCUCUGCAAUAUCGGCUGUACUCGUAUUUAUAUUUGUUAUUAUUAUAAUCGUGGCUAUCCGGGCAAGACGCAGACCAGUUGCUACACGUACAACUGCGACGACAGCAAGUGGACAACCUGCGCAUGCUCAGUCUGUAAGGAUUGUUCCGUCUGCGCCUCCAAGUGUGACGUUUCCCGGUGCUCACUUCAAUUCUUAUGAAUCGGGAGCUCCGCCUUCGUACGAGGCGGCGAUUGCCUAUCCAGCCGCUAGUUCAUGAAAUAGUAAACUUUGAUGGGAGUUCGUUGACGGCUCAGCGUGUGAUGCAUUCAACGACAUCGACUGUGACUAUGACGGAGACUAGCGCUCGUAUUUAUAACGGUACCGGUGUAAAGUGUGCAUUUGUAUUCUAGCAAAAUUAAUAUAAACGGUUGAUUUUUCAAAUGACUUGGUCUACGAAUUUCAGUGGAUUAUACGGGGUAUUACGAGUGUGGGCAUGCGUAUUGUUGUGCUGAGUGGGAUCUAAUAGA